GUAUCAUUUAUCUCCUGAGCAUAACUAUCCAGCCCAACCUUUGGACUGUCUCACUGCUACUGUACACUUUUUGAAGACUGCAGAAAACUAUGGGGUGGAUCCUGAUCGGAUUAUUGUUUGUGGGGAUAGUGCAGGGGGCACUUUUACUGCUAGUGUUUGCCAACAACUGGUAAAUAGACAGGAUAUCCCAAAGAUAUGUGCCCAGGUACUGAUCUAUCCACUUCUCCAAGCACUGAACUUUAGUCUGCCAUCUCAUCAGAAAAAUGCUUUCACUGCCUUCUUGACCCGGGAACGUGCAGUCCAUUUUAUUCUGAAAUACUUGAAAAAGGAUUGCUCUAUGAAGGAAGCUGUUUUGGCAGGUUCUCAUGUUCCAGAGAGUAUGAAUUUGAAAUAUAGGAAAUGGAUAAAUCCAGAUCUUAUCCCAGAGGUAUUUAAGCUGAGCUAUAAAGCACCUUUACCCACUUUGUUUUUACCUCACGUCCAUGAAGAAACAAAAGAACUGUUUGAGACAAGAUUUUCCCCACUCUUAGCAGAAGAUGCUGUUGUUUGCCGCCUACCUGAUACCUGUAUGAUUACAUGUGAGCAUGAUGUACUCAGAGAUGAUGGAUUGUUGUACAAGAGACGGUUAGAGGACAACAAUGUAAAAGUGACCUGGUACCACAUGGAAAAAGGCUUCCACUGCACACUGGGAUUUUUUGGUUAUGGUAUUUUCUCUUUUCCAUCAUCAAGUAAAAUAGUGAACCACACUGUAAACUUCAUAAAGGGCUAUUAA